UUAAGAUUAACAAAUUCACUGUCACUUAUGAUCAGAAAACAAAAACCAUAUCCAUCUCUUUUGAUGAUUUGGAGAAAUGACCAUUAAGAGUGGCACCGGCCAAGCCUGCGCUGCUUGCAAGUACCAGCGGAGGAGGUGCACGCCGGAAUGCCUCCUCGCCCCGUUUUUUCCGGCCGAUCAACCUAAGAUGUUCCAAAACGUCCACCGUUUAUUCGGCGUGAAGAACAUCCAGAACUUGCUCAAGGAGCUUCGCCCCGAUCAGAAAGUUACGGCGAUGAAGUCGAUCAAAUUCCACGCAUUGCAGCGCGACAAAUAUCCCGUGCAUGGAUGCUUAUUCGAAAUACGACACCUCAAUUAUCAAAUUCAAAUGGCCGAAGACGAACUUCAAGCCGUUUUACAACAAUUGGCUUAUUACAGACAACAGCAGCAACAACAGCAACAACAACAACAACAACAACAACAACAACAACAACAGAUAGCAGCAACUGAGGAUUACAUGUCUGAACUUCAAUUAGGCGUGGCCCCACCUAGGAACGCUCCGUUUUCGCUUGAAGACAAUAAUGUCGUCCCGCAAUACAAUUGUGUUGCCCCACAAGCCUCGUAUUCCAAUAGUGGAAAUGUCGAUUAUAGUAUUAAUUAUUUGGAUUUCAAGGAGAAUAAUAAUGUUGUGAAUUCUUUCUGUGAACAACAACAACAUCAACAAGAACAACAACAACAAACAUAUAGUAAUAGUAAUGAUAAUAAUACGAGUUCGAUGGUCGUACAUCCAGCACACUUGAUUGUACCACAAGCUUUGUGUGUCCAACAAGAAAUAGGUCAAGAUUACAAUGAGAUGCAUUCAUUUUUCGAUUGUGUUGAUGACACACAAUCUUAUAUCGGUUCCAAGGAAGCCUGCGAUUCCAGGUAUCAGUUAUGAUUCUUGAUUUUCUUUAUAUAUACACAUAUAGACAAACACACACAAUAAUGAUCACGACACAAUUGUUAUAUAUAUGAUUUCGAUGAGCUAACUUUGAAUUUUUCGAUCAACACGCAGCUUGGAUUCGUCGCCGUCGAAAGAUACAAGACAACUAGUUCAUGAGGAAAUGGCUGAGAAUGAGUUGAAGAGUGCUGCCGCGUUUUUUAGCCUUACUAGUGUCAACUAAUCAAGGAAGAUGGCCAAUUUUUUUUUGUUUGCAUAUACAAGUUGAUAAUCGGAAUACCAUUUGGGGCAGAAAAUAAGACGGUUAUUUUUUUUCUUGGGAGGGGUCUUUUUACCCUCAAUUUUGAACUGAAUUUAAGGUAGGAAGAGUAUAAUGUUUUUUUUAACCUCUGAGGGAUGAUUUUUUUUAAUCUUUUUUUAGUUCAAGUUAUCGAUAUAUAGUUAAUUUCAUUCUCAAAACAAUGGUUAUAACUUAUAUAUAUUCGCUACAUGGCGUUCGAUAUCGAAAUCGGUCUAACUUUUAAAGGCCAUCGUUACAGUAGAACAUGAACGAUAGUAGUCGUGUCAUUGUUCAAAGAUAAAAUGGCUUAGAACGUGAAAAUUAAAUGGAAGAAGUUUAUUGCAUUCAGCGUCCAUGUGUUUACUCAAAUUGCUAAAAAAACUCUCCGUGUUAUUUUUAUUAUCAAAACUCCCUUAUAAUCAAACUCUUUUAGCAAAUUAUCUCCCAAACUAAAUAUUUAAGGCCAUUGUAAUAUUGUAUGUAAAAAAUGCAUUAUAGAGUGAAUUUAGCUAAUACGAAUAACACGAGGAGUUUUUAGCAGUAAUACUAAUAUAUAUAUACAAAUACGGAUAUCAUAA